AUGGCUCCCAUCGCACCCCCCGUCUUUUGGGCUCAGCGUUCUUCAGAGUCGGAACCCGAAAAAGUGAGUCGGUAGUGCCUAUCGCUCGAGCACGAACCCGCGCUCCGACGGCCCUCAUGCCCCCCCUUUUUCUUUUCCUUCAUUCAGAACCUCAUCCUCCUGACCAUCGAGGCACCAAACCUUCCGCCCAAGCCUGCGACAAAGGUGGACCUGCAAACUGACGGCUUUGCUUUUGAGAGCAAGGUUCAGGGCGAUAAGGCCAAGAGCAUCGAAGAGAAGGAGUACAAGUUCGAUCUCAAGCUGUUUGGCGAGAUUGUGCCAGAGGUGAGUUUGCUGAGCGCGGUACGACGAGCUCGUUAGCGCACAUCAUCGUGGGGCAAUGCCGGAGCAGCAUAGUUUGAAGCGCAUGAUGCACAUCGGACCGAUUCGCCGAUGAAUGUGUUGGGGGGUGCGUGGAACGCCGAGCUGACUUUUGAUCUCCUUCCUUGCUCGCAUCAUAGGAGAGUCAAAUCGUUCAAACAGACAAGCACCUCUUUCUCAAAUUGAGAAAGAAGGAGCAUCAGCUGGAGUACUGGCCCAGAUUGUCCAAGGACAAGGUGCGCUUGCACAAUGUCAAGACCGAUUUCGAAAAGGUGAGCUGCAUAGCUGCGUCUCAUGUCAGAAAUGCGAGGAACACUGUUGCGCUCGCAUGGCCGGGCGCACACAUGCUCACACAAAGUGUUUUCUUGCAUCACGCUUCAGUGGGUGGACGAGGAUGAGCAGGAUGGUGGAGAGGACCUGGAUGCGUUGGGCGGAGCUGGAGGUAUGGGCGGAUUAGACCCUUCCAUGAUGGGCGGCAUGGGCGGCAUGCCUGGUAUGGGAGGAAUGGGAGGAAUGGGAGGCAUGGGAGGUGGAGAUGGCGGAAUGGGCGGCAUGGACCUUCAAGGUGCGUGAAAUCUGCGAAAAGACCUGAACCGGCGCGCACAAUGCCAGAAAGCUGACGUGCCCCUUUUCAUGCCCCGUCUUUGCACUGCCAUAGCUCUCAUGGCGCAAAUGCAGCAAGGCGGAGGCGCUGGAGGGAUGCCAGACUUUGGUGCUGGCGAUGACGACGACGACGAGGAGGGGGGCGACGAUGAAGGUGCGGAUGCAGAUGCGCCCGCGUCCACUGAAGAGGCCAAGUCAAUCGACAAGGUGGACUAA